AUGGCUGAUGACGAGAUUACUAAGGCCCGUACCGAUGCCAAAUUCACCUCUGGGGAAAGUACAGCAACAGGGAAAGAUACGGAAAGUAAAGCUGAAGCCAAUGAUUCCAAAAUGUUCGAGACUACCUCGACUGCAGCACCUACCGAGACGAGUCAGGCCGAUACCGCAACAGUGACUGCUACACCUGCACCCGCUACGAGUGCUGACACAGCGAGUAAGGAAGGACCUCGUACCUCGUGGUGGAAGGAAUUCAAGAAGGACUUAUCGACCAAAUGGACCUCUACCAAGAAGUCGUUCUCAUCAUUUUGGCAAUCGACCAUCAACACUUUCAAAUCGUGGGGUGUUGCUACCAAAAAGACUCUAUCAACACUGAGUAGUUAUCCUAGCAAGAUGUGGAGUAGUGUGGUGGAGAGAUGGAACAAGAUGCUGGGUAAGAAGCCACCACCAGCUACUACUACAGAGACGAAGACCAUCGGAACUAACGAGGUGGCUAAGGCUGAAACGGGAAUGACGGUGGAAAAGGAUGAAACGCAGAGUGAGACGAAAGAGACUCCGACCGCCGAAGAAGGUGAAGGAGAUAAGAAAAAGACAGAAGAGAAAGCACCGAAAAAAGUGAAUAAAGAUGAGGAGGAAAAGAAAUAA